AAAGUUGAUGUACACAUCACAUAUUUGAUAUUUACAUUGGUUGUGGUUCAAACCUUAUCCCCCACUUUCACCCAUACAAUGCAUCCUCUUUAUAAUAAAGUUAAAAACACACUACACAAAACCCUCCCUUCAAAACCUUUUCUGGGAAUAAUGUGUCUCCUCCUCCUCCCCUUCAUCAUCUUCCUCCACCUCCUUCCGGCCACCAUCCCUUCCGCAGCACCACCGCUCCACCCGGGUUACUACGCCAAUUCUUGCCCAAAUGCCGAACUCAUCGUCCGAAACGUCAUGAAAAAGGCCAUGAUCCGAGAACCCCGAAGCGGAGCUUCCGUCAUGCGAUUUCAAUUCCAUGAUUGUUUCGUUAACGGAUGUGAUGGAUCGAUGUUGUUGGAUGAUACUCCAACGAUGCUCGGAGAGAAGCUAUCUUUGUCGAACAUAGAUUCGUUGCGAUCGUACGAGGUUGUCGAUGAAAUCAAGGAAGCACUUGAGACGGCCUGCCCCCGGACUGUUUCUUGUGCGGAUAUCAUUAUCAUGGCCUCUAGGGAUGCCGUCGCUCUGAGUGGAGGUCCGGAUUGGGAAGUGAAGCUGGGAAGAAAAGAUAGCCUAACCGCAAGUCAAGAGGAUGCCGAUGCCAUAAUGCCUAGUCCGCGAGCGAACGCAACCACCCUCAUCGAUCUCUUUGCCAAAUUUGACCUCUCGGUCAAAGAUUUAGUAGCCCUUUCGGGCUCACACUCGAUUGGUAACGGGCGUUGUUUCUCCAUUGUGUUUAGGCUCUACAAUCAAUCAGGCACAGGCCGCCCAGACCCCUCCAUCGAGCCAAAGUUUAGACAAAAGUUAGACAAACUUUGCCCACUUGGUGGUGAUGGGAAUGUCACAGGCGAUUUGGACUUUACGCCUCGCAUCUUCGACAAUCAAUAUUUCAAAGAUUUGGUAAAUGGAAGAGGGUUUUUGAAUUCUGAUGAAACAUUGUACACUUAUUGGAAAACAAGAGAGUAUGUUAAAAGGUAUAGUGAGGAUCAAGAUGAGUUCUUUAGGGACUUUGUUGAGGGGAUGAUUAAGAUGGGCGACUUACAAUCGGGGCGGCCCGGGGAGAUUCGGAAGAAUUGUAGGGUGGUCAACGGUGGUCCACCGAUGGACUUGGUGGUGGAUGGAUAUAAAGAUAGGAGGAUAUUGAGUUAUUAGAGUUGAGUUGAACACAUUAUGUAUUUAUCAUGAAUAUGGAUAAUGUAGCAUAUGGUGUCAACUUUUUAUAUAAGUUAUAUUAAUUAGAGUUGUGGGUUAAAGAUU